AUGGAACAGGUGUCUUUGUUGGACAAUCAAACGCCCGAGCAAGGGCCAACCUCGCCCGACAUCCAAGAUACCCGCAUUGACGAAGACGACGGCGACAAUGAUGGUGAUGAUCUUGGCGACCACGAUGCAGAGCAGCGCGCACCAACACACAUCACGCUCACAGAUGCCCCAGUCGGUGAGAGCGAGGACCACAUCGUAAACAACAACAGCAGCAGCGGAAGCGGCGACAGCAGCAGCAACAACAACAACAACGGAAGCAGCAGCAGUCCCAGCAGCAGCACCAGAAGUGACAGCACCAGCAGCAGCACCAGAGCCGCCAAUGGCGCCCUCAAUGAACACAAGACGGGAAACGGCAAGCCCACCAAUGACGGGCUCAACGGGAACGGCAAUGGCAAGCACAUAAUGAACCACGCGAAACCCGGCGCCACGUUUGGCGACAGCGACGAUGAGGACGAAUCACGGCCAGUGUUUGACAUGGACGAUCCCACCAUCAAGCUUGCACAGGACCUGUCUGCGGGUCGCUUCAAUGAUGAUGGCGAAACGAUUGUGAGCCUGCCUGAGGCCAUUGACAAGAUUGGGUAUGGACGGCAGCAGCUGCGGGUCCUCCUGAUCUGCGGCCUGUGCUUCUGCACAGACAGCAUCGAGGUUGGCUUGUUGACGUUCUUGCAGGUGGAGGCGCGCAACUACUUUGAUUUGACGGACGUGGAGGAGUCGACGCUGACGGCGGUAGUGUUUGCGGGCGAGCUGUUGGGGGCCGUGUUCUGGGGUCCGUUUGCAGACCGGUGUGGACGAAAGCGAGGCUCAUUCUUUCCCGCGCUUUUGGUCACCGUCGCCGGCUUAGCAAGCGCGUUCUCCGUGGACUACUACAUGCUGGUGACGCUUCGCUUCAUUGUUGGCGUUGGCAUUGGCGGGAUGGGCGUUCCCUUUGAUCUCCUGGCAGAGUUUAUGCCCCCAAGCAUCCGCGGAAAGGCCCUCAUCAGCAUCGAAUUCUUCUGGACGUUUGGCACGCUGUUUGUGAACGGGCUUGCGUGGAUCAUGCUUGAUGACCUUGGCUGGCGCUACCUCGUUGGCUUCUGCUCCGUGCCAGUUGCCCUGGCCAUGCUGUCGUUCCCCUUCCUCCCCGAGUCGCCCCACUGGCUGCUGAUGAUGAACCGUCACGACGAGGCCCUGGAGACCAUCCGCAAGGCCGCCAAGAUCAACAAGCGCCAAGACGCGUUGCCUGCACGCAUGCGUCUUGUGCUCUCCCACGAGCCACAGCCUGAGGACGGCAAGACAUACGAAAUUGCAGACUCCACAGCCCUGCUCCCCGGCACGGUGGAGGAUGUUCCCACGGCCAGCGAGGUGUCACCGCUCAUGCUGUUUGACAAGAACAACCGCAUGGCCACCAUCACCCUCUGGAUUGCGUGGGCCAGCUUUGGCUUUACUUACUACGGCACGGUGAUCAUUGCGCCCGAGUUCUUUGAGGGCGGAAGCGGCGGUAGUGCGAACAGCACUGCCAACAACGGCACCAGCGGCAAUGCCACGGGCGGGAACGGAACACACAUCAACAACGACAGCAACUUUGACUACCCGGCGCUGUUUACGACGGGCGCAGCGGAGGUGCUUGGCGCCAUUGUUGCGUUUCUGUUGGUUGAGCGCUUCAACCGCAGGCCGCUCGCGGGCAUCAGCUACCUCGCCAGCGGUGUGGCGAUGAUGCUGAUGAUGAUCAAGGUGCCGCGCGGCCUCGGCGUGCUGCUGCUGGUGUUUGCGCGCAUGAGCAUCUUCAUUGGCUCGUGUGUGACGUGGGUGGUGACCCCGGAGCUGUACGCCACAUAUGUGCGCGCGGCGGGCCACUCGUGGAGCAACGGCAUGGCACGGCUGGCGGCGUUUGCCACGCCAUAUUGGGGCGAUGCGCGCGCCGUGCCCAUUGCGCUGCGUCUUCUGCUGUACGGUCUCGUGAGCGUGCUGGCUUCGCUCGGGUCGUUCUUCCUGCCCCGGGAGACGCGUGGCAUGAUCCUCGAUUAGAGGAUGUGAGUGCCAUAAGCAACCAACCAACCUGCCUGCCAGGCCUGCCUGUCUACCUGUUGUUUUGGUGGUGUAGGCGUGCGAAUGACAUGAUUGUAUGUGUUGGGCGCGUGCGAUUGUCGUGUGUGACAGUUGUGCGCUUUAUGUUAAGCAACCACCAUCCCCGUUUGUUUUGGUUCCAUGUACACGCGUGUGUGUGCAUGUGUGUGCAUGUGUGUGUGUAUCAGCAGAGAGUGUUCUUCUUGCUGGCUGUCCACGACCACCUCCGCUUGCCUUGCUUGUAUUGUAGACAAACACCACGCACCAUGCCCUUAGUCAACCAUCGAAUCGCUUGAAAAUACACAUUAUUUUUUUC